UCUUUAAUUGGUGAACAACCGCUACUACUAUGGCCAUCAGAGACAUGUCCCUUCCAAGCCCAACAGCCCUAGAAUUUUGCCUCAAACUCUGUAUAUAGUCUAUUCUUUCUAUUUUACCAAUCAAACCUACCAAUCCUUUCUCUCAAAUAUUUUCCUGUUCUUCUUUCCCAGAAACAUCAUCCUCUUCCUCUGGCUACGUCUCUUUACUGUUAACUUACCUUACAAGUGCUACUAUUGUUAAUUUAGUGCUCCGGCUCGGUUAUUAUGGCUGCUUCUACAACCAAUGCAGAUGGGCUGAAACUUGCAGUAAUUGUGGUUUUCGUCCUUUGUCUCAUGUUUCUACCACCACAAUCAGCUGCUCAAGGCAUGGUACUUUCAAGCAACAGUGAGAAUUUGCAGCAGAAAAGGAAGAAUACGGUGUUGGGUUCAAAGCCUCCAGGUUGUGUAGACAAGUGCUUCAGUUGCAGACCUUGCAUGGCUACUCUGGUAGUUCCUUCUCAUCAAAACAAAGGUCGCAAGUUUAAACCAUUAUCUCGUGGAGACGAUGAUGAUGGUGGCUACUAUCUUCUCUCAUGGAAAUGCAAAUGUGGAGAUAAGCUCUUUCAACCAUGAACUCCAUACAUGUAAUAAAACAAAACAAAACAAAACAAAAACCUUCCCUUAGUAAUUAUCUGUGUCAACCUCUUUUCUACUUCGUGCAACUACCAGUGAUGAAUGAUAAUUUAUCAAUAUUUUAAGAUGUAUUAAUUUUAUAUUACCAUGCUUGUGUACUGUGAACAUUGUUGCACAUGCAUGCAGAUGUAAGAAGAUAAGAGAAAAGACUAAUCUCUGGUAAGAGAAUAGCUGUUGUUGUUCAUAAAUGCAAUGGCAUAUGGAAGUGUCAAGUCCUCAUGAGUUGAGUGAUAAUUCAUAAGCAAACAGUGAAGUUUUUGGAAGCUUUUGUUGAUGGUAAUGGUGGGGAAAGUUAACACUGAAACUUGGUGGGUACCCUAUGAUUCUCUAAUCUAUCCACUGAUAAAGCAUGAGCUUUGAACAUUGUUUUUCCUGUUUCAAUAAUUCAAGUAAAUUUUACAUCAAACAGUUGAUGUUUUGGAC